UGGGACAGAUAUCUAAAACUGGUAUAGUAAAAGGGUCAAAUAGCAAUAAACCCAGCCACAAUCAUUUUUAAAACCCUAGAAACCCAAGCUUCAUACUUCUUCCUCAUUGCCUAAUCCGCUCACGCUGCCCAUCUUCUAUCAUCCAAAUCGUCAUUAAGCAAUGGCCGUCAGUUUCUCCGACCUCAGUUCCGCCGCCGGCCUUAAGAAGCUUGAUGAGUACCUUCUUUCCCGCAGUUACAUUACUGGGUACCAAGCUUCAAAGGAUGAUUUGACUGUCUAUGCUGCUAUAGCCAAACCUCCGUCUUCGGACUAUGUCAAUCUGUCACGGUGGUUCAACCACAUUGAUGCGCUGUUGAGGAUUUCUGGUGUUUCUGGUGAGGGAAGUGGUGUGACUAUUGAGGGAUCAGCUCCUGUCAGUGAUGCCAUUGCAACUCCCCCUGCAACAGACACUAAGGCUGUUGCUGCUGAUGACGAUGACGAUGAUGAUGAUGUGGACUUAUUUGGUGAGGAGACUGAAGAAGAGAAGAAGGCUUCUGAAGAGCGUGCUGCUGCUGCAAAGGCUGCUGGAAAGAAGAAAGUUGUCGGGAAGUCAUCGGUUGUAUUGGAUAUUAAACCAUGGGACGAUGAGACUGACAUGAAAGUUCUCGAAGAAAAAGUUAGAAGUGUGCAGCAGGAGGGUCUCCUUUGGGGAGCAUCUAAGCUUGUCCCUGUUGGAUAUGGAAUCAAGAAACUGCAAAUUAUGAUAACCAUUGUGGAUGACUUGGUAUCAGUUGACAGCCUCAUUGAGGACUAUCUCACUGCAGAGCCGAUCAAUGAAUACGUCCAGAGUGUUGACAUUGUGGCCUUCAACAAAAUUUAAAGUUCCUGGUUCAUGAUUAUAUAGCUGGGCGGACAUGGUAUCACAGCAAUGAAGCUUAUUUACUCUGUUAUAUUUGGUUCCUUUUGAACGACUCUCCGAAACGUAAAUUGUUGUGUGGCGAAAUAGUAGCCUUGUGACGAAAUGUCGACUUUGCUUGGGCUUAUAUUAUAUAUAGUUUUUUUUAAAA